GCAGGAGAAAGGGGGCGGUCGGCUUUCUCCUUUCAAGAACGAGUUAUUUUCAGCUGCUGACUGGAGACGGUGCGCGUCUGGAUAGAGAGCAUUUCCACUAUGGGACUGGGUACAGACACACGCCCGGCAGACUUCAAGAGUCUCAGACUGAGGAGAAAGCCUUUCCUUCUGCUGUUACUGCUGCUGCCGCUGCUUUUGAAAGUCCACUCCUUUCAUGGUUUUUCCUGCCAAACCAGAGGCACCUUCGCUGCUGCCGCUGUUCUCUUUGGUGUCAUUCAGCGGCUGGCCAGAGGAUGAGACUCCCCAAACUCCUCACUUGCUUGCUUUGGUACCUGGCUUGGCUGGACCUGGAAUUCAUCUGCACUGUGUUGGGUGCCCCUGACUUCGGCCAGAGACCCCAGGGGGCCAGAUCCGGAUUGGCCAAAGCAGAGGCCAAGGAGAGGCCCCCUCUGGCCCGGAACGUCUUCAGGCCAGGGGGUCACGGCUAUGGUGGGGGGUCCACCAAUGCCAAUGCCAGGGCAAAGGGAGGCACCGGGCAGACAGGAGGCCUGACACAGCCCAAGAAGGAUGAACCCAAAAAGCUGCCCCCCAGACCGGGUGGCCCUGAACCCAAGCCAGGACACCCUCCCCAAACAAGGCAGGCUACAGCACGGACUGUGACCCCAAAAGGACAGCUUACCGGGGGCAAGCCACCCUCAAAGGCAGGAUCUGUCCCCAGCUCCUUCCUGCUGAAGAAGGCCAGGGAGCCCGGGCCCCCUCGAGAGCCUAAGGAGCCGUUCCGCCCGCCCCCCGUCACACCCCACGAGUACAUGCUCUCGCUGUACAGGACGCUGUCCGAUGCUGACAGAAAGGGAGCCAACAGCAGCGUGAAGUUGGAGGCUGGCCUGGCCAACACCAUCACCAGCUUUAUUGACAAAGGGCAAGAUGACCGAGGUCCCGUGGUCAGGAAGCAGAGGUACGUGUUUGACAUUAGUGCCCUGGAGAAGGAUGGGCUGCUGGGGGCCGAGCUGCGGAUCUUGCGGAAGAAGCCCUCGGACACCGCCAAGCCAGCGGCCCCCGGAGGCGGGCGGGCUGCCCAGCUGAAGCUGUCCAGCUGCCCCAGCGGCCGGCAGCCGGCAGCCUUGCUGGAUGUGCGCUCCGUGCCAGGUCUGGACGGGUCUGGCUGGGAGGUGUUCGACAUCUGGAAGCUCUUCCGAAACUUUAAGAACUCGGCCCAGCUGUGUCUGGAGCUGGAGGCCUGGGAACGGGGCCGGGCCGUGGACCUCCGUGGCCUGGGCUUUGAUCGUGCCGCCCGGCAGGUCCACGAAAAGGCCCUGUUCCUGGUGUUCGGCCGCACCAAGAAACGGGACCUGUUCUUUAAUGAGAUUAAGGCCCGCUCCGGCCAGGAUGAUAAGACUGUGUACGAGUACCUGUUCAGCCAGCGGCGAAAACGGCGGGCCCCACUGGCCACUCGCCAGGGCAAGCGACCCAGCAAGAACCUCAAGGCUCGCUGCAGUCGGAAGGCCCUGCAUGUCAACUUCAAGGACAUGGGCUGGGACGACUGGAUCAUCGCACCCCUUGAGUACGAGGCCUUCCACUGCGAGGGGCUGUGCGAGUUCCCUCUGCGCUCCCACCUGGAGCCCACGAACCAUGCAGUCAUUCAGACUCUGAUGAACUCCAUGGACCCUGAGUCCACACCACCCACCUGCUGUGUGCCCACACGGCUGAGUCCCAUCAGCAUCCUCUUCAUUGACUCUGCCAACAACGUGGUGUAUAAGCAGUAUGAGGACAUGGUCGUGGAGUCAUGUGGCUGCAGGUAGCAGCACUGGCCCUCUGUCUUCCCGGGUGGCACAUCCGGAGAGCCCCUUCCUGCAUUCCUGGAAUCACAGAGGGGUGGGGAAGCUGCGGCAGGAGCAUCUCCACUGCUUGCGUGAAAGGGGAUUCCAAUAGUCUUGCUCGCUCUCUGAGUGUGCCUUGGGCUAAAGGCCUCCUUUUAUCCACAAGUUCCCCUGGCUGAGGAUUGCUGCCCGUCUGCUGAUGUGACCAGUGGCAGGCCCAGGCCCAGGGAGACAGACUCUGAAUGGGACUGAGUCCCAGGAGACAGUGUUUUCCCAUUAGACUCAGCCCACCACUUCUCCUCACCUGGGCCUCCUUGGUCUCUGGCAUCUCCUAAGCACCUCUCGGGAGAGCCACAGGUGCCACUGCCUCCUCAAAUCACCUUUGUGCCUGGUGACUUCCUGUCCCUGCAACAGAUGAGAAGCUGAUUGGGCAAGGGUGGGAGAGAAGGGGAGAGGGCUUGGACAGGGUUGAGGAGUGUGAGGCUGUUAGACUGUUAGAUUAAAAUGUAUAUUGAUGAGAUAAAAAGCAGAACUGUGCCUAAAA